AUGGGAAAUCGAAGAAUAACGAAAAAAGCUAUAAAGGGGAAGGAGAACCUCCAUCCCAGUUCGAGGAAGGCUGCUCAGCUGACUCGAGUGAACUUACGAGUGGACAAAUUGAAAUCCCAAGCGAAAGCCAGGAAAGACUAUGCAGAUGCUAAAUUACAAAGACCUUUGUUCUUCUUACAUUCCCUCUCAUCUCCACAUCCCUUAUCUUUACCAUCACUCAAAGCAUUGAUAACGGAGGUAUACCUGGCGAGAUUUGAUAGUAGGAUAGAGGAAUUGACUGCUGAACGAAGAGCGGGUAGACCAAAGCCUAAGGAAUUAUUGGAGUUGGAGGAGAUCAAGAAAAGGGAGAAGAACGACUAUGAGAGUGGUUUGGAAGUCCCAGACUUAACUCAUGCACCGACCACUCGACUAAUGUAUCACUGGCUCCAAUCUGAAACAUCCAUGAACCUCUCUCAUAUUGAUCUCCUGCGUCAUAUCAGAGUAUCACCCAAUGGCGAGGUGAUACUAACCAAGAAAGGAAGAGGGGAAGAGAUGGGUAUGGGCGUACCAUUACCUGGUGAAGUGGAGGGUAAAGCGGAUGAUUGGACGGAGUUGAUCAAAGAGGAUAACGAUAAGAAGAAGGAGAUGGAUAUUGAGGGGUAA